UCGCAAUACUUCUCAAGCGGCUCCCAAUGAACUAGCUAAACAAUAACAGACUUCUGCGAGCUAGCUACUUUUAUUAUAAACAGAUCUGGAUUUUUGGUGUACCUUGGCCGAUCGAUGGACGAUUGAGAAGACGUUAACAUUCUGAAGGUUGUGUGCAGCUCUAGUGCAGUGGUGCUUCCCACACCUGGACGCCCUGCCCCUCUAACCUGUGACGCGCGCCAGCACUGACACCAGCAGAGAGCGCUAGAGAGCGAGCGAGAGAGAGCCAGGGUUGGUUGGAGCAGAUUCAGAUGAGCAUGCCGUCACAGCAGAAGCCAAUGACAGACCAGAACGGCGUCAGCGUCAUCCAGAGCCAGACACUCUCCAGCACCACCCUCCCCACUGGAGGGGGACUGCAACAGGUGCCCCAGCUGGUGCCUGUGAGCUCUGGCGGCGGGGGCAAGGCGGCACCCCCCAGCCGCAUGAAGAAGGGCGCGUCGGCGGACAAGGAGAGCGACGAGUACCGCCAGCGGCGCGAGCGCAACAACCUGGCGGUGAAGAAGAGCCGCAUGCGGAGCAAGCAGAAGGCGGCGGACACGCAGCAGCGCGUCAACGAGCUCAAGGAGGAGAACGAGCGGCUGGAGGCCAAGAUCAAGCUGCUGAGCAAGGAGCUGAGCGUGCUCAAAGACCUCUUCCUGGAGCACGCCCACAACCUGGCCGACAACGCCCCCCCCAGCGCCGCCGUCGCCGCCGCCGCCAGCGAGGCCUGCGGCGCACCCCCGCACAACAACAAUAACAACAACAACAACAACAACAAUAGCAACAACAACAAGAGCAGCAGCAGUGGUGUGGGCCAGUGAGGACCCCAGACGCCCCCCCCAACUGCUCUCCUCCAACACUGCAUGACCUUCCUCUUCCUCACCCUGUCGUUCUGUUGGCUGUAGUCCUAUGCUGUUCUGUUCUUUCUGGGGUUCUAUCAUGCGUUGUCUUUGUACUGUCAGGUUGGGUUCUCAUCUGGUUCUGGGAAUGAGGAACAGGGAACAGACUUUUCUGCUUUUUGUAGUGUCUGUGUCUUUGUGGGUGUGUGUGUGUGUGACCCCAGACAGAGGUUUCAAGAUGUUUCAGUGACUUGAGGUCAUAGCACAGGGUGUUUGACCCCUGAACCCUGACCCCUGGUAUGUUUCAGCUCCGCUAUGAUCAGGACCUCAGACCCAUUAGCACUGGCCCUCACCAGAACCAAUGUGCUCACUCACACACACGCACACACACGCACACACACACACACACACACACACACGCAGGUGUGUGUAUUUUUUUGUUCUGAUCUAUCUAAUCGACCCUUGACCUCAGGCUGCUCCGUAGCCUCACCACACGGCCUUGUCUGCGCACAGAGUUUCCACGAGUGUGUGUGCCCCCCCCACGACUGACAGCACCUCCUCACACCUCCCCCCACCUCCUCUGCUUUUCUACCCGGGGUUUUCUAUGACAAGGGGGAGCUGGCGGCGCUCCUCUUGAAUGUUGCACUACAAACAUGGGGCAGGAAGACGUUUCAGACGCUUGACCACACCCUGGCGUCCUGAGCGACUUCAGCUGAAAUGGUAUUUGGCUCGAUUGUAAAGCAGAGAUACUUUUAUGUAAAAGAGAAAAAAAAAGAAAAGAAAAAAAAAAAACAGACAAAGUCUCGACUAAUUUCCAGGCGAAUGUUGGAUGAGUAUUUGAUUGACGUUUGAUAUUUGAUUGACGUUCGAUAUUUGAUUGACGUCUUGCUGAGCUGUUGAUGUUGCUGUGCAGCAUUCUAUCAUGACUAGGGUCUCCUAGCUUUUUUUAUAAGAGUUUUAUGGGGGUAUUAUUGUGAAUUGUAAAUUAAAAUUGAAUACAAACCUCA